CCACAAGCUCGCAAAAUUGGAUGCGCAGUUUUUUGGUGACCGUCUUCAGCAGGAGACUGUCUGCCUGACGGAGAGCCUCGAAGUUCUUCAUCUUGAUAGCCUUUUGCUUUCGUCCCAUUCGUUUUGACGACUCGGCGAUGUCCGGCCCUCCCCCGCCCCCGUCAGGGCCGCCAAAGGGAUCAGGGUGACCAUGCCACACACUCACGCACACUCCCAAGGCCUUGUGUCACUUCUUUGGCCUGUCCGUGUGUCUGUGUGUCUGCGUGCCUGUCAGCAGGGAUGGCGUGAAGCCCGCGAUUUGGACGCCGUCUGGGCAGGUGCCCGUGACGACGAGGGAGACCACUCGGCGGACGCAGCGGGAGUCCACGCGGCAGGAGAUAUUUCGGAAGCUCACCCACGACUACAGGCGGGAACCUGGUGAGGGAGGGACUCAAGAAUGACUGAAGAGUGACUCGCGAGACAACUCUCUGUCGCCUGGAUGGCCACCUCUCCCUCCCCCUCCCUCUCUCUCUAUGUGUGUGUGUGCAGGCGGGCUAGACCCCAAUGACGUGUCGAUGACCCUCGAGGAAGGUACCUAGGGAGACGGGGGCGGCUGGGGGCGUGAGGCGUCAAAUGAGUUUCCGCCUUUGUGCUGAGUGCGUGGCUGCGUGUCUGCAGAGACCAACCGGCUGUUCCCCGAGGCCACGGACGCCAAGACCUACCGGAGAAAGAUCGUGGAGGUGCUGCAGAAAAUCAACGUACGAAAGGCUCUGUGUGCGUGAACACACAACCCGGCUGAAGUAGCACAUGUGCAGGGAUCUCUCUCUCUCUCUCUCUCUCCCUCCGGGCGUGUGUGUGAUGGCCUGCCUGCAGGGCCACAAGAACCUGAACGUUCGUCGACACCUGAUGGCCGGCACACUCGACGCCAACACGCUCAUCACGUCCAAGGACUCGGUGAGCAGCGGGCGGGCGAUUGAGUCUCUCCCACUAGUGACACUCAUUCACCCCUCUGUCGUAUGUGUGUAUGUGUAUGUGUGUGGCUGCUCGCAGGACUUGAGUCGGUGGCGCAGCGAGCCGCCCCCCACAGGCAGUGCCCUGCGCGAGAGGGGCGAGUCGACUCUCUCACCGAAGGCGCCCCUACAGACCACUAUGACGUCCACGCAGCCAGGCGCCUCCUCAGGUGCGCCAGCACGAUGAUGCCAUCCAGCGAUCGAUUCAGUCACUGCAUGAGGUAGUUUCUUUGUUUCUCUCUGUGUGUGUGCCUGCAGGUGGCGGGACCCCUGAGAGCCCGACGGUAUCGCAGGGCAACGGGACGCCCAGCACGGCGGCCAACAUGAUCCCCCCGACCCACCUCAGGCCGCGCGCAGACGGGGUGCAGUCACACUCCACCGUCAUUCAGCCGCCCGGUGAGUGAGCAAAUGGGCAGGCAUCUCACGCACACACACCCUUGACACACACACAAACCCUUCUCUCUCAGACAAAGCCGCCAACCCCCGUGUGUCGCUGCCCGAGAGCGAGUCGAUGCCCACCUCCCCACAGAUCAACAUGGCCAAGCGCGACUCCAUCACCAUGAAGUCUGUCGGCAUCAUGUCGCCGUCCAAGGCCCCGUUCCCCGUCCCCGCCCCGCCCACCAACCCACACGCACACCGCCUCAGCAUCAGCAGCCCCUCCAUCAGAGACGCCCUCGCGGGCAGCGGGUUCGGAGGCGUCGGGCCGCUCUUGGCCAGUGCUGGUGCCGUUCCUGGUGGGCGCAUUGACGAGAGCGACCCCGAGACACAGGCCGACAGGAAGGUGCGUCUCUGUGUGCGUGUGCGUGUGGCGUGCGUGACCGAGGCAACAUCGGUGUGUGUGUGUGUGUUGUGUGUGCAGGUGUCGACACCGCCCCCUCCGUCGUAUCCUGCUGCCUUUCACAACCAGCACCAGCAGUAUCAGCAGCAACAGCAGCCGUAUGGGUUUGCGACGACGGAGAAGUCUGUGAGCGCCGGCAGCUCGCCGCUGCCCAAGAGCGACGACAGGGAUGAGUACACUGACGAAGAGGGGGGCGCUGGGGGAGCAGGUACAAACACACAACUCGACACACCAACACCCCACAUGUCGUUCGCCCGUUCGUUCCUUCGUGUGUUGUGUUCGUGCAGUAUACCACCCGGACCUCCAGCCGGACAUGGUGCCCGACCAGGCCCCAUCCCGUUCGCAGCCCACCCCGCCCAGCAGCACACAGCAAGAAGACAAGAGCGAGGGCGAGGAGGAGCCGUCGCCCCCGCCCCCACUCUCACCCACGCCGUCGCCCGCCCAGCACUACAGAGGCCGGGACACAGACACAGACAGAGACAGAGGCACUCUCGGGAGCCCUGAAGCACCGGCGACGCGAGAUGGGGGCGACCAGUUGGGAGAUGAGGCCGUUGAGGACGCCAUCGUGGCUAGGGAGGGGCUGGGGGCAAUGCGGCCACGGGGCGAGGCCGAUGAGCGGUAGGCAGACACACACACGGCCAGUGGGUCAUGCGCACGUGUGUGUGAGUGGUGGUGUGUGUGUGUGUGUGUGUGUGUAGGUAUGAGCAUCACCAGGAGGUGGCCAGGGCGUUUCAGAACUUCUGGCGGUGGGCGGCCGACGAGCUGUCCAGGCGAGGCGCCAACGACAGCGACGGUGUGGAGGGCCCCAAGACGCUGGAGGAGCAGAUCGAGGAGGCGCGCCACGCCAUCGCACACAAGAAGGACGCACUCAAAUGCAUGCUCACACAACUACAUGUACGCCGACCGCUUCGCUUCGCACACACAGCACACCAACACCAACACCAACACGCACACACACAAAUCUCUCUCUGUGUGUCAUGGUGUCGGUGUGAUUAGUCAUUGCGUGGCGCCUCAUCGUCGAUUGACGAGGCCGAGAUGGACCGCGACACCCGGCCGGGCAGCGACAUGGACAAGAUCAAACAGGCCGCCGGGCUCGAAAUACUCCAAAUGAGACUCGUAAGCACACCGACACCCUCUUUACCCUCUGCCCCUACCUCCCCAAACAUGUGUGCGUGUGGCCACCCGUCCCGUCCGUGUGCAGAGGAUGAAUGCGUUGGUUUCACGAGUUGAGGAGCUGGCUCACGGCCGCCAGGAGGACAGUGACAACGCCGACAUUGUCGAGAACCACAGGCGCAUCAAGCGGCUCGAGGACGAGCUGAACACUAUGCACCAGCAGAUGGCCGAGAAAGAGAGGGUCAGUGCUGUGCUGUGCUGUUCUGGACACAGAAUCGCGACUGUCACGUGUCUGUGUGUGUGUGUGUGUGUAGGAGGUUCGUGUGUUGAGUGAAGAGCUGAAGCGACUGCGUGAGACGGAAAGGGGCGAGAUGAGCCCCUCUCGCGACCCUGCCCACAACCAGGCCCUCAUCGAUGACCAACAGAAGCAGAUCCGGUGGAAGCCGUCCGUCUCACACACCAGCGAAUCUCUAGAGACAAAGGCAUGGAUGCCUCUGUGUGUAUCUGCGUGCAUGGGCGUCAUGUCAGUGACCUUCGCGAGUUGGUCCAGUCGAUAACACGCAGCUCCAAGGAAGAGGUGGACCAUCUCAGCGACGAGGCAAGCACCACGCCACACCACAGCCCCCCACACGCAGUCCUGACACAACCGCAGACACACACACACACACGUCGGCCUGUGUAUUGUGUCCAGAUUAAGCGCCUGAUGUCGGAGUGUGCACCCCUUCGCGAGCGGCGCGACCACCUGGAGGGCCGGUGCGCUCAGCUGGAGGCGCAGUUGGAGCAGGCCCGAGACGACGCCCACCAAGCCCGCAUCCAGAUGAGGGAGCGGGAGCAGCAAAUCGAAACCCUCAAGAUGGAAAACGCUAGACUAGUGGUCAGUGUAAGUGUGUAAGAGGAGCCAGCUGUGGUGCAUCUCUCUCUCUCUCUCUCUCUCUGUGUGUGUGUGUGUGUGUGUGUUGUCCUAUGUGUGUGUCAUGCAGACGUCGUUGAGCGAGGGUACGGUUGACGAGGGCACACGCACCGAGCUGGCCUGUCUGGAGGGCGCCAAGAGGGCGCUGGAGGAACAGCUUCAGGACAAGGAGGCUACCAUACGGGUGAGCUGAGCUACUAACUGAUGGGAAAGGGGCACCAACGAGAGAUAAGUACUCAUUCAUGGUGACGUGUUGUGUCGUCUUGUGUCGUGUGCAGGAGUUGGAGUCCGAGCGCGGUCGUCUGACCGAGGGCAUGGCAUCGCUCGAGAAGCAGCUCGCCACGCAGCAAGAACUCAUCAACAGCGUAUGCACCUCACAAGAUCCACACCGCCUCUGUCCUGAUUCAUGUGUGUGUGUGUGUGUGUGUGAAUGCAUUCCGCAGACCCCCACACUGAUGGAGGCCUGCACAAGCCCCCUGUCGAGCCAGUCGCCGCUGAUGCAGCCGGACCAGCCACCGCGCCCCAGUUCGCCCACGUACGAGAAUGAGCGUCUGCUGGCGAUGGGGCGCAUCGAGCGGCUGCAGGCGAUGCUGCUGGAGAAGGAGGAGAGGUACGGGGAGCUGCUGCUGCAGCUAAGGGCCGCUGAGGAGAGGGAGCAGGCACUGAUGGACCAGAUGGACAAGAUGGGACAGGAGGUAGGUGGGUUGGCGAGGGAGCGUAAGCCGGCACUUACUUACUUCAUCGGUCUCUGCCUGUCUGUCUGCCUGUGCGUGCAGAUGUCAGGCAUUGCUUCGGCGGGCGGCAUGUUGGCCACUUUGGAUGAGGACCUCACGGCCGUCGAAGGGUUCGCACCCGACCAGCAGAUGAACGCUCAGCUCGCAGACGCCAAGCGAGAGGUACACCACGCACACACACACACAUGCACCCACACCACAAGGGCAGGCCAUGCUCACAUCCUUUGAUCCAUCCCUCUAUCUGUCAUCAGGCGUCAGACGUGCAGCAGCAGCUGAUGAGGCUCACACAGUUGCUCUCGGACCGUGACACCGAGAUCGGCCGGCUCAACAACGCCCUCUCGGACAGGGCCACCCCACACCCAGCUACAGCCACAGCAGCCGCACCCUCACCGAAGCACGACAUCACAGCCGCCCCACCACCAGCAGCAGCAGCACCAGCCGCUGCAGCAGCAGCCACGCCAGCAGCGGCACCGUAUUCGACGUUCGCUCUGCGGCAGCCCGAUGUGUCACCCCCUGGCCAGACGUCCCCUGACGUCAGCAGGCCCGUCCCCGCCCUAUCCAUGCCGUCACCCGCUGCUGGCGGGCUCGACACUGUGAUGGAUCACGCCAAGGCUGCCAUGGUGUCAGUUCCCCCACCCCAGCAGCAGCACCAGCAGCAGCAGCAGCAACAGCAGGCGCCUAUUGUCCCGCCGCAAGCACCGCCGUCUCCCCCUGCAAAGGGCGUGGAGGGUCUUUUUGACGACAGUGGCGAGAGGGGAGUCGACCUGUUCGGACCCGAAGUGACGCAGCGCAGCGCGCACGACGACCGGAUGACAAUGACAGCUGUCAACCCCCCACUGCAGCUAUCGUCGCCGCCCGCAAGGCCUGGCGGAGUGGAGGCCCUCUUCGCUGAGCGGUCGGUAGAGGAGGCCUUCCCGGUCCCCCCACCCGUGCAGCAGCAAGUGCAGCAGGCCGCCGCGGCGCCCUUCCUGGUCGAGCAACAGGGCGGCUCGCCGGUCCUCAGCACCACCACUACUCCCGCGGCCAUCACUGUAACGAGCCCUGAAGUGGCCGCUCAGCGACAGCAGGAGCCUGCAGCAGAGACGGCCGAGCAGAAACGCGCAACUGUGAGCGACUUCUUUGAGCCUGAGGGCGAGCGCGGUGGCGGCGCCAAUGGGUGGAUCGACAUCGAGCCGGACGAGUUUGAGGGCUAUCCACAGGGCGGGCACCUCGCCAUCAGCCAGGGCGCCCUCAAGAGCGAAUCGAGCUCCCCACCAGUCAACUUCACCAUGUCGAGACCCACGCUGAGCGGCCUCAGCCCGCCGCUUCCGCCAUCCGAGGUGACCGGCGAGGAGAGGGAGCCGGAGGGCGGAAGGGGCCAGGGAGGGCCGGGCAUGACGCUUGCUGUGGAGGAGACCAGGGCCGAGGAGAGGGAGGUGGCGGCCCCGGCUGUCGUCACCCCGCCACCCCUGCCCCCGGCAAUCGCUCAGAUGUCUCCCGAUCGCACUGUGGGUGACCUCUUCGGCGGACCCCCACCAGACCACGGCAAGGCAAUCGGAGCGCCAGGCGAUGAGGUGCCCGUGACGGCCAUGGCGCCCCAGCCGAGCCUCCCUCUGCUGAACGGCACCACGGGGGUUGAAGGCGGCCACCCCGAGCAGACGGGCCAGGGGGAGAGGGAGAGGGCCAAGGUGGAUGACCUGUUCGGCAUGGAGGCCGGCGGUGAGGACAUGGAGGCGUCAGGGUGGGACGUCGGCCACGACGAGUUCGCGCUCCCGGCGACCGACAAGCCUGCCUCGCCUGCAAAGGACAUUGUCCGCGGUGCUGGCGAGGAGGAGGAGGGACCCCGUUCGCCCAUCCCCAACAAUCUGUUCGGUGACAACACGGGCGGCGUGUCCGAUUGGCUGCAGGAGCUCGAGAGCGGCGGCAAAGGAAGCGCGGCAGCCAACAAUGACGAGGAGGACUGGAUGCAUGGCGGGGGCGUCGGGGGCGGCUGGGAUUUCAACAUCGGCACGACAUUCGGAAACGACCUCCAGCAGCACCAGCAGCAGCAGGACCAGCCCAUGGCAGCGAGCCCCGUACUGUCCCCUCCCCCUCCGGCACAGCCAACCGCCACCACCAUGGCCACCAUGUGGGGCCAACACCCGCAGCCAUCCGCUGCGAUCCCUGCUCCCGCACCAGUGACCCAUGCGGCCGUGCCCCAGCCGACGUCUGACAUGGAUUUCUUCGCAUCGAUGGGUCUGGUCAAUGGUGAGGAUUCGCGGCCGGCCUCGUCUCACCCAUCGCCGCAGACGGUCCCGUGGGGGGCGCCCAUGACGGCCAGCACAGGCAGCGAAAAGGGCAGUGGAGGCAAGAAGGACCUCGGCUCACUCUUCGGCUAGGAGAGAGAGGGGAGGGGAGAGGGCAGGCAGGCAUGCAUGCGAAAGGCUCCUGGCCUGGCCUGGCCUGCUGCCGAUGGGUCUGUCUGUCUGUCCGUGUGUGUGCGUGUUGCGAUUGGCCGGUGUGUGUCGUUCGUUUUGCAUGUGUGGAUGCUAUGCAUGCUGCAUAGGUAGGGGCAGGCAGCGUUGGGUUGGGAGUCUGUCUGUCUGCGUGUGUGGAUUGUUGGCUUGGCUUAUUGAUUGCUUGAUGGUCUUCAUCCCUGCCUGUCCGCCUGUCUGACUGCCUGCGGGCCUGCCUGCGGGCCUGCGUGUCGUCUCUCUCUAGCAGACACGUUUUCUUGGCUAACUCUCUGUCCGUCUGUCUGGCUGGCUGAGAAUCUGAGUGCCUAUCUGUCUGAGUGAGUGCUUAUGAGUGGCUGGCGGAUUUCAAGGAGGAGGUGAGGUGCUGCAAACGAAAUGUCACAUCGCAUUUGAGCACAGCAAGCAGACAGACCAGACAGACCAGACAAGCCGAGCCAGGCGUCACUCGCUGCCAGUGAGGGUGUGCUCUCUCGGCAUGGCCAUGCACACACAGGAUAGCGAUGAUAUAUAGCAAUUCUGCUCGUCGGCUGGCGAGCGAGAGCGCUCUAUGGUGAGAGAGAGAGGAGGAAUUAAAGGAAGGAUUCGUUGGGGCCUAUUGGGUGGAUGGACUGGUUGGUGGUCGGACAAUCGACUUUUGCUUGAGAGACAGACAUCGCUGCUGCGUGGAGGAAGGACUCUUCAUGUGUGUGUCCGUAUGUGUCUCCAUCCCCCCGCUGGGUGAGGUGAUUCAACCAAAUAUCCCAG